AACACUGAAAGAUUCCCGACGGAAGAAAUUGCGUAUUAUAUUUUGAAAUAAGAUAAAUUUAUCAAAUAAUAAAUUUUUUGAUAAAAAAUUCUCACGGCAGACAAUCAUUUAUUUUUAUCUAUAAAUUAUAUUCUUAAUUAGCGACUUUAAAUACGCAACACGGAAUCGGCAUUGAAGUUAAGUUUCAUAAACCAAGUUAUUGUCUGUGCGAAGGCAGCUCGACACGCUUACUGGAAAAUCAGGAAAAAAUGUGAUUUUAUUUCAAAAAUGGCGACAUUAGACCGAUUACGUUUCGAUAAUUUAGCAAUUAGAGAAUUGCCGAUCGAUCCCGUGGAGGAAAAUUACGUCAGGAACGUUCGUAAUGCUUGCUUUUCACGUGUCGAACCGACACCCGUGGAAAAUCCCGUCACCGUUGCCUAUUCUAUUGGAGCAUUUCAAUUGUUAGAUUUGCCGGAAAGUGAACUCCGUCGUGAUGAUUUUUCUCAGUAUUUUUCGGGAAAUAAAUUGUUGAAAGGUUCGGAACCCGCUGCUCAUUGUUACUGUGGGCAUCAGUUCGGGUACUUUUCCGGUCAGCUGGGAGAUGGUGCGGCCAUGUAUUUAGGAGAAGUAAUCAAUAGUAGAGGAGAACGAUGGGAGAUUCAAUUAAAAGGUGCAGGUAAAACUCCUUAUUCACGACAAGCUGAUGGUAGGAAGGUUUUAAGAUCAAGUAUAAGAGAAUUUUUGUGCAGUGAGGCUAUGCAUUAUUUAGGAAUUCCAACAACAAGAGCUGGUUCUUGUGUAACAUCUGACACUAAAGUUAUAAGAGACAUAUUCUAUGAUGGUCAUCCAGUUUUAGAAAGAUGUACAAUAGUUUCAAGAAUUGCUCCUACAUUUCUGAGGUUUGGUUCUUUUGAAAUCUUUAAAACAAUUGAUGAAUUCACUGGACGAGUAGGUCCCAGUGUUGGAAGAACAGAUAUUCUCAUGAAAAUGCUAGAAUAUACAAUCAAAACAUUUUUUCCAGAGAUUCAUCAUAAUUUUGAUUCUCCAGUUGAAAAGUAUCAAGCAUUCUUUAAAGAAGUUGUUUUAAAGACUGCAAGAUUAGUUGCCGAAUGGCAAUGUGCUGGAUUUUGUCAUGGUGUAUUAAAUACAGAUAACAUGAGCAUUAUUGGGUUAACUAUUGAUUAUGGUCCGUAUGGUUUUCUGGACAGAUUUAAUCCUGAUCAUAUCUGCAAUGCAUCAGAUGAUGGAGGAAGAUACACUUUUAUAAAGCAGCCGGAAAUAUGUUUGUGGAAUUUACAUAAAUUAGCUGAAGCUAUUCAAAAUGCAGUUCCAUUAGCUGAUACUCUUCCUUUAUUAGAAUUAUAUCAACCAGAAUUUGAGAAAUGUUAUCUUGGAAAAAUGAGAAAGAAGUUUGGACUGAUGAAAAUUGAAAAGGAAGAUAAGGAAUUGAUUGAUUCAUUUCAUAAAGCAAUGGCUGAAACUGGUGCUGAUUUUACAAAUUCAUUUAGAAAUUUAAGUAAAGUUACAUUACCAGGAUUACCAGAUUAUGAAGCUAAUCUUUCAAAUUUAAAGCAAAUGUUACUAGAGCAGUGUUGUUCAUUAGAAGAAUUAAUUGAAAUGAAUCAGUCUGGUAUGGAUUCUAGGCAGUUUCAAAUGUUUUUGCUAUUAAUGCGAAUGAAUCCAGAAUUGUUAGAACAAUUAGGGAAAGGCCCAGUAGCAAUAGAGAGGGUCAUGCAAAAAAUGGAAUAUGCUGAAAAAUUAAAGAAAUUGAAACCAGAAGAAAAAGUAACUAAUGAUGAUGAAAUAUGGUCUAGUUGGGUAGAGAAAUACAAUAAAAGAUUACAUCAAGAAAUAAAGGACAUUAAAGAUGUAAAAGAAUUGGAACAAUUGCAAAAAGAAAGAAUGGAAAUAAUGAAUAGUAAUAAUCCAAGGUUUAUCUUAAGGAAUUAUAUUGCUGAAAAUGCAAUAAGACAGGCUGAAAAUGGUGAUUUUGAAGAAGUAAAGAGAGUUUUAAAAUUUCUUGAAAGUCCAUUUAGUGAUACAGCUGUUUAUGAAGCAUUUCAACAUACAGAUUGUCUGGAUAAGACAAAUGAUAAUGAUUAUGCAACAUCAUCACAUGUUGAAGAACUUCAGAAAUCACUGGAUUUUUAUGAUUGUAAGCCACCUGAAUGGGCAAGAAGUCUUAGAGUCACUUGAUCGUCAUAAAAUUCUAUGCACUAUAAGCAUAGCUUAGAAUGUAAAAAUCACAAGUAGUAUAUGCCCAGUAUUAAUAAUACAACAUGAAGAUAUUGGUUUCAAUUCUGACGAAAGACCAAAUAUCGGAGGUAACGGGCACUAAAGAAGUUAUUUUUUUAAUGACGAAUGCAAUGUAAGAUUGUUUUGUUAAAUGUAAUAAAUAUUUUUCUUCUGUUAUUGUUAUAAUAAAUUUAUUAAUAUGAUGUUAUGAAGUAAAAAAUAUAAAUAAAAGUUAAAAUAUUAAAU